CAAGGGAGGGAGAGUUGACUUUGAGCUUCCUUCCUUCCUUCAUCAGGUUGGCGUUCGUCCAGCUGCAGCUGCAACACGACCACCUUGGCGGAGGAGGCGGAGGAGCUGUGAUGGUGAAGGACACCGCGUACUACGAUACCUUGGGGGUCACCACCGACGCCUCCGAUGCCGAGAUGAAGAAGGCGUAUUACCUCAAGGCCAGGCUGGUUCAUCCAGAUAAGAAUCCCGGGGACCCUGAUGCCGCGCGCAAGUUUCAGGAAUUAGGUGAGGCCUAUCAAGUCCUAUAUGAUCCCGCGACAAGGGAUCCUUAUGAUAACAGUGGAAAAGAAGGUUUAUCCCAGGAUGAUAUGAUUGAUCCAACUGCUCUAUUUGGGAUGCUUUUUGGGAGCUACUAUUUUGAAGAUUCCGACGAAGCAGGGAAAAAACUAGAACAAGACUUUGAGCUUCCCGACUUGACUUGCACCCCCACCGAUGGGGAGCUGGUGCAGGACUACCUCGUCCCAGCAAUCCAACGCAUAUGGCGGGAGCAACGCUUUGGUCGUUCCUGUGUUAACGCUGACCUACCUUUCAUGGACCCUGGUACGGAUGAUUGCGCGCAACAACAAGGGGGGAUGAGAGACAAGUACUUCCUCACGGAUCAUACCACUGUAACUUCCUUUCACCACUUUCAUGGUGCCCCUACAACAAAUGGGUUUUGGCAACAACACCCACCACACUGCACGGCGAUCAGGGCGGAAUUCAACAGGAUUGUGGGGAUUAAGAAGACUAUGAAGUUCCACCAGCACACGGGCGCCAAGACCAACUGGAGCAUGAACAUCUACUACUCAUGGAACGAGGGAGAUUCAUUUCUCCGGGAUGAUUUAGUCCUGUGCCAUGUAUUCGAGACGGACUCACCCGACUACGAUGACAACCCCAAAUGCCUCGGAUGCCAUCGAGGAGCAUGCAGUGGACACCCCCAUGAUCAAGCAUUCGGAGCUCCAAGCGAGGACACUUCAUUCAAGCCAAUUCACUAUUACCCAAACCGCCAUUCCGACCCAAGAUUAAAGUCUUACAUGGAACAACUUGGAAACCUCUUGUUCAGUGACGCUGAUCCUGACAACUCCGCAGAUACUGGAAACUCUAGAGCAACAAGAUCAGGCGACCCUCCAACGGCUGACCAUGGGCAGUCGAAAAAGCGCAAGAGGUUAGAUGUUUGGGAUUACUUCACCAAGCUAUUUGCACGCGACAUCAACGGGAAGGUUUUGACAUUUGCGGCUUGCAACCACUGCUGCAAGAUACUGUCAGGCAGCUCCAAGGGUGGGACAACACACCUCGCAAGGCACGUGUGUCCGUGCAAGUUCAAGCCAGUAGUAGCUGGCAGAAGUGCCAAGGAUUCCGGCGGCGACGCCAAUGUCCUAUCGUCCUAA